GCUUCAAGUCGUCGCCGGAACUGAAGGUGCAGAGACGGCUGCACCCAGGGGAGCGGCCCUACACCUGCAGAGACUGCGGCAAGGGCUUCACCCAAUCCUGCAAGCUGCUGGAGCACCAACGCACCCACACCGGCGAGCGACCCUUCACCUGCACCCAGUGCGGCAAGGGCUUCACCUGCUCCACGGGGCUGCUGUCCCACCAGCUGCUGCACACCGGCGACCAUUCCUUCGGCUGCUCCGACUGCGGCAAGGACUUCAAGAGGGCACAGGACCUGAAGAUCCACCGGCAAUUUCACACGGGCAAGUGGCUCUUCAGCUGCUCCACCUGUGGCAAGCGCUUUGCCCAAUCGUCGGGGCUACUGCGUCACCGGCGGGUGCACACGGGCGAGAGGCCUUAUGGCUGCCCCACCUGUGGCAAUAGCUUUACCCAGUUGUCGGGGCUGCAGGUGCACCAGCUAGUGCACAGAUUUAAGACGGAGACACGGGGACGUGAGCGGCCAUUGAGGACGGCCAGAGUGCCGGUGAGCAACACCCGCUCCCCCCACGCAAUCCACACGAGCUGUCAAGUGCCUCACCACGGUGUAGGGGCGCUCGAUGGUGUGGGUGCGCUGCAAGCUUUCGGAGCGGGAUAA